AUGGGGAUUUGGAUUUUGAAUGAAAGUUUGUCAGUUCUGCUAGUUUUAUUGUGGUUGGGGAUGAACAUCUACUUGUUCAUUGACACAUUCUUCUGGUAUGAAUCUGAGGACGCCUACCUCUACACACGUGUUAUGUUGGGUUCUGCACUUGCAUGGGCAAGAGCUUCUGCUGCUUGCCUCAACUUCAACUGCUUGCUGAUCCUCCUGCCAGUCAGCAGGAAUCUCAUCUCCUUCCUACGGGGAAGUUUUUGUUGCAGAACAAUAUUGAGGAGACAAUUGGAUAAAAACAUCACAUUUCACAAGAUGAUUGCUUAUGGAGUAGCUGUAAAUGCAACUAUUCACAUCAUUGCACAUUUGGUCAAUAUAGAACAAUUUCAUCUCAGCCAUUCGAAACAAGCAGGAGACUUGAGGAAGAAACUGUCUGGCAUUGGUGGGAACCCAAAUGAAAGCUACCUGAACCCCAUCAGAAGCUAUGACACAAAUACAUUAGAUGAAAUCCUGAGAAGCAUAGCUGGAGUGACAGGACUCCUAAUCACUGUGUCGCUAAUUCUGAUAAUGACCUCAUCUACUGAAACCAUCAGAAGAUCCUUCUAUGAGGUGUUCUGGUAUACCCAUCACCUAUUCAUUGUUUUCUUUGCUGGCCUGGUAGUUCAUGGUAUGGGUCAUCUUAUCCGUGGUCAAACCAAUCAGAGUCUGCUGGUUCACAAUGUGAGUUACUGUAAAGAUCACUACUGGGAGUGGGAAAGAUCAGCUCAGUGUCCUCUACCCCAGUUUUCGGGUAACAGCCCUUCGGUGGUGACUCACGCCUCUGGGGUCUUAGAGCUUCAGCUGAAGAAGCGUGGCUUUAAAAUGGAGCCUGGGCAGUACAUCUUCCUCCAGUGCCCUGCAAUCUCCCAGCUGGAGUGGCAUCCUUUCACUCUCACUUCAGCUCCUGAAGACGACUUCUUUAGUGUGCACAUACGAGCAGUUGGGAACUGGACGGAAGCCAUUUUCAGGACCUUUGGAGCCCACGAAGAAACAUAUAAGGAACCCUGGAAGCUGCCACGACUUGCUGUGGAUGGGCCCUUGGGAGGUGCAGUCACUGAUGUUUUCCAGUAUCCCAUUAGUGUGUGUAUUGCAGCAGGAAUAGGAGUCACUCCUUUUGCUUCCAUUCUGAAAUCUAUUUGGUAUAAGAACAGUAAUCUAAACACACAACUCAGAGUGGAAAAGGUUUAUUUCUAUUGGAUUUGCCGAGAUCCAUCUGCCUUUGAGUGGUUUGCUGAUCUCCUGUGCUUGCUGGAAGCACAAAUGGCUAAGAAAGGGAAAGCCUAUUUUCUAAGCUAUCACAUAUUUCUUACCGACUGGGAUGAAAGUCAGGCUAUGCACAUUGCCUUGCAUUACGAGAAAAAGGUGGAUGUAAUUACUGGCUUGAGACAGAAAACUUUCUAUGGGAGACCAAAUUGGGACACUGAAUUCAAACAAAUAGCAGAAAAUCAUCCUGGCAACCGCAUUGGUGUGUUCUUUUGUGGAUCUAAAACUCUUUCUCGGAAUCUUCAAAAGAUGUGCAACCGGUAUUCAUCCACUGAUCCAAGAGGCAUUCAAUUUUAUUAUAACAAGGAAAGUUUCUAG